UGCAUCGACGCCCCCAGUCGCGACAAUAGCUUCAGUAUACCGACUCCAAGCGCGACUGACACUGCACGCUAAGUUACUUUACUGAGCCGCUCACGUGCCUUUGCGCUCGGGCGAGUAACAACCUCCUCGCCAUGCAGUCCCUCCAAAAGCCUUGUGUCGCGACGCGAGCGCGCCCAUCUCAUUUGGGUACGUUAUGUGUGUCCUUCAGAGCGCAAUGGAAAGGCAAACUUGACGCCGCUUGCAAAAUGUAAAUUCACAGGAUGUGCAAGCGUGCGCUCGCUCCCGCGGCAAGUUUGUGUGGCGCGCAAUGCGCCUGAGACAAAGACGGAUACGCCGGUGACGACGGCGUCGCCUCAGGAGGAGCCCGUGUCGCCGACCAUGCCCACCGAGCGAGCGUCGGACAUCAUUGCUGCGGCCACGGCUAAGUCGAACCGACCGAAGCGCAAGGCCGAGUCCACCGAUGCCGUUGCCACAUUUAUGACUCGGCGCUUCGGCAUUGCUGGCGGCCUGGCGUGGCUGGGCUUCCUGACCAUCGGCACACUGGGGGAGCAGAUCAAGACGCGCCUGGAGGUGGCGAGUGAGCUAAGCGGCACCAAGGACGUGUCUGACGCGCCAGAGGUGGUGCUGCCUAGCGGCGUGCGCUACAAGGACCUGCGGGUGGGCGGCGGCUCGGCGCCCAUCAAGGGCUACCUCACCGUGCUGGACUACACGGCAACCGCCGACGGCGUUGAGUUCGAGUCCACUCGCAAGCGAGGCAAGCCCAUCGUGUACCUGUACGGCGGUCGGCCCUUCACCGGCGGCAACUGCCCCGGCCUAGAGGAGGCUCUGUCCAGCAUGAAGGCGGGCGGCCGGCGGCUGGUCACCAUCCCGCCGGAGCUGGGCUUUGGAGAGCGCGGCGCCGUGCUGCGGCCCACAGAGCACGUGCCCGAUAAGCAGGGUAUCGUGCCGCCCAACGCCACGCUGGUGUACGACGUGGAUCUGCUGCGGGUGUCCAUCCCGCCCUCCUAGAGGAGGGGCCGAAGGCCGGAGGGUUGGACGUGGCGACGUGCGGUACGUGGCACAAGACUGGAGCUGUGAUAUGGCGUGACGCCUCCAGGCAGCGGAGCGGCUUCCCCGGCCGGGGUGUUUCCGGCUGCAAACAUCGUGCGUUUGGAGACAUUCGGGAGCGGGGCGCUUGGAGUCUAGCCUGUCUAGGCUCUAGUCGCCUGGCAUGUGCGACCUCUGUAUGUGCGUGAAUGAGCAUGUGCGUGAAUGAGCAUAAUAGUUGGGGCUUGUUUUGAGAUUGUGCACUGGGCGGCGAACUGAUACGCCGUGAGCAGGAGCGUCACGGAACAGCCGGGGCAUUUUCCUGCAGCCCCGCGUGAUUUUGGUGAGAACCUUGAGAGACGCCGUCCCAGACGCGCAAUCGCCAGUAGCAGGUGUCUUGUCGCUCAGGGAAAGGGUUGGGAGGCAGUCGAGAGUCCCUUGGCCCAAGAGAGGUGAAGACUGGGAUCGGGCAUCAUGACCACUUGUAACAUUGAAGUCAC